CUUUGGUAACAAGAAACGAAGCAAUUUUCACUAUAUAUUCCCAACUAUUCACAGUUGCUUCAAUUCAUCAACAAACUCCAACCCUUUUCGCAAAUUUGCUUCUUUUUCAGCAAUCCCCAGAACUCUACAACCAUGAGCAAUCAGCCAGGGCCAUCCGAUCCCAACGCGAAGAAGGACUUCAGCACUGCGAUUUUGGAGAGGAAAAAGGCGGCGAAUCGGUUGGUGGUGGAUGAGGCCAUCAACGAUGACAAUUCUGUAGUUUCUCUUCAUCCUGAUACUAUGGAGAAACUCCAGAUUUUCCGCGGCGACACAAUUUUGAUCAAGGGUAAGAAGAGAAAAGAUACUGUCUGCAUCGCCCUUGCUGAGGAUUCCUGCGAGCAACCAAAGAUUCGGAUGAAUAAGGUUGUCCGGAACAAUCUCCGAGUUAGACUAGGAGAUGUUGUUUCCGUGCACUUAUGUCCUGAUGUGAAGUAUGGGAAGCGAGUCCAUAUUCUCCCUGUGGAUGACACCAUUGAAGGGGUUACUGGAAACCUUUUUGAUGCUUACCUGAAACCAUAUUUCCUUGAGUCAUACCGGCCUGUGAGGAAGGGUGAUUUGUUUCUUGUGAGAGGAGGAAUGAGAAGCGUGGAGUUCAAGGUCGUUGAAACUGAUCCUUCAGAAUACUGUGUUGUUGCCCCUGAUACGGAGAUCUUCUGUGAAGGAGACCCCGUAAGAAGGGAGGAUGAGGAUAGGUUGGAUGAAGUUGGUUACGAUGAUGUGGGUGGUGUUCGUAAGCAGAUGGCUCAGAUUCGUGAAUUGGUCGAGCUGCCGCUGAGGCACCCACAGCUUUUUAAAUCAAUCGGAGUGAAGCCUCCAAAAGGAAUUCUGCUUUAUGGUCCUCCUGGAUCUGGGAAAACCUUGAUUGCCCGGGCUGUGGCUAACGAGACUGGUGCUUUCUUCUUCUGUAUUAAUGGACCAGAGAUAAUGUCAAAAAUGGCAGGAGAAAGUGAAAGUAACCUCAGGAAGGCCUUUGAGGAAGCUGAGAAGAACGCGCCUUCUAUCAUAUUUAUUGAUGAAAUCGACUCCAUAGCUCCUAAGAGAGAGAAAACCCAUGGAGAAGUAGAAAGGAGAAUCGUAUCCCAACUUCUGACAUUGAUGGAUGGGCUCAAGGCUCGUGCUCACGUUAUUGUAAUGGGUGCUACAAACCGUCCCAACAGCAUUGACCCUGCUCUUAGAAGGUUUGGGAGGUUUGAUAGGGAAAUAGACAUAGGCGUUCCUGAUGAAGUAGGGCGCCUCGAGGUGCUUCGUAUCCACACAAAGAACAUGAAACUUGCUGAAGAUGUUGAUUUGGAGAGAAUUUCCAAGGAUACACAUGGUUAUGUUGGUGCCGAUUUAGCUGCUUUGUGCACUGAGGCUGCCCUUCAAUGCAUUAGGGAGAAAAUGGAUGUGAUAGACUUGGAAGACGAUUCCAUUGAUGCUGAGAUACUGAACUCCAUGGCUGUCAGUAAUGAGCAUUUUCAGACUGCUCUUGGAACGAGCAACCCCUCUGCUCUCCGUGAAACGGUUGUUGAAGUGCCCAAUGUCAGUUGGGAAGACAUCGGAGGCCUUGAAAAUGUCAAGCGCGAGCUCCAAGAGACGGUUCAAUAUCCGGUUGAGCAUCCCGAGAAGUUUGAGAAAUUUGGAAUGUCGCCCUCGAAGGGAGUUCUUUUCUAUGGUCCUCCUGGAUGUGGAAAAACUUUGCUGGCCAAGGCUAUCGCGAACGAGUGCCAGGCGAACUUCAUCAGUGUCAAGGGGCCUGAAUUGCUCACUAUGUGGUUCGGAGAGAGUGAAGCGAAUGUCAGAGAGAUUUUCGACAAGGCUCGCCAAUCUGCUCCUUGCGUCCUAUUUUUCGAUGAGUUGGACUCCAUUGCUACUCAGAGAGGAGGCAGUGUCGGAGACGCUGGUGGCGCUGCCGAUCGUGUGUUGAAUCAACUCCUGACAGAAAUGGAUGGUAUGAACGCCAAAAAGACUGUGUUCAUCAUUGGUGCCACCAACAGGCCUGACAUCAUCGAUUCCGCCCUCCUCCGUCCCGGCCGUCUCGACCAGCUCAUCUACAUCCCUCUUCCCGACGAGGAAUCCCGCUAUCAAAUCUUCAAGUCGUGCUUGAGAAAGUCCCCCGUCUCCAAAGACGUCGACCUCAGAGCACUCGCCAAGUACACUCAAGGAUUCAGCGGUGCCGACAUUACCGAGAUAUGCCAACGCGCGGUCAAGUAUGCCAUCCGAGAAAACAUCGAAAAGGAUAUCGAGAGGGAGAAGCGAAGGAGCGAGAACCCCGAGGCCAUGGAGGAAGACGCCGAGGACGAGUAUGCUGAGAUCAAACCCGCACACUUUGAAGAAUCGAUGAAGUUUGCUCGGAGGAGCGUGAGUGACGCCGACAUACGCAAGUACCAGGCGUUCGCGCAGACCCUGCAGCAGUCGAGGGGAUUCGGCGCAGAAUUCCGGUUCACGGAGCAGACCGGGGGCAGCGCUGCGGCGGCGGCCGACCCUUUUGCAGCAGGCUCCGGUGCAGCUGAUGACGAUGAUCUCUACAGUUAAAAGCUGUUAUGUUGAAACUUGAAUAUUAGUACUACUAUCUUUUAUCGCUUUACUACACAAUUUGUUUAUUACUCCAUUUCUUACCAUAAGAUAUUCCGAUGAAUUAGAUUUGAGUACUUUUUUUAACUGUUUGUAAAUAAUGAAUGUUAUUUUUAUUUUUA